CCUGCAACAUGUCUGACUUUCAUCUGGCAAUUCCUUAUACUACAUUUUACAGAACGUUGUGAUCUUUUCUUUGUCCGAAUCCAUUCACCCGUCUCAUAGCUCCUUUCUCGCUGUCAUAAGUCAGCGCGUCAGCUGGGCAUUUUCCCAUCAUUUCAUUCACAAUCCCUCACGUUUAAUCUAUCCAUCUCCCAUUUUUCCAAUUAUUUUCCGAGCCCACUUUACAAAAAAGAGGGAAAACUGAGCACUGCAUAGCCCGAAGCUGAAGGCGUCUUUGUGGACAGGACACUUAGAGGGCCAAACAAUGGAAUGCUCUCUCCUGCCUACACUGCUCAGCACUCUACAGACUGAGGUUAAACGGCUUAGUUAGCAGUGUGCCUCUCCCCCAAGAACUCUUUUAGCCUGGGGAAAGUUGGGAGAAAAAAAAAAACGGGCGAAGGAGAAUUUCCUUCAUAGUACAGCACCUUACUCCAGUUCUUUGUAGUUGCUUGCUUGGGAUUCAUUUGGAAGCUUUGCGUGAACAAAAGCCAAGAUGGAUUUGGAAUCGUACUUGUGGAUGGUCGUGCUGGGCUUCAUUAUAGCCUUCAUCCUGGCAUUUUCAGUGGGGGCAAAUGACGUUGCAAACUCGUUUGGCACGGCGGUCGGGUCAGGGGUGGUGACACUACGGCAGGCCUGCAUCCUGGCUUCCAUAUUUGAGACCCUUGGAUCCAUGCUCCUCGGUGCCAAGGUCGGGGAAACCAUUCGGAAGGGAAUUAUAGAUGUCAGUUUAUACAACGAGACGGUGCCGAUACUGAUGGCGGGAGAGGUCAGCGCCAUGGUCGGGUCUGCGGUUUGGCAGCUCAUUGCCUCUUUUCUGAAGUUGCCCAUUUCUGGAACUCAUUGCAUUGUGGGAUCUACUAUUGGCUUCUCUAUGGUUGCUAUUGGCACAAAAGGAGUGCAGUGGAUGCAGUUAGUCAAAAUUGUUGCCUCAUGGUUCAUCUCCCCUCUGCUGUCUGGUCUCAUGUCUGGUCUGCUUUUCUUCAUCAUCAGAUAUUUCAUUCUUAACAAGGAUGACCCUGUUCCUAAUGGUCUCCGUGCUUUGCCCCUCUUCUAUGCGUCAACCAUCGGAAUCAACACAUUCUCCAUCAUGUACACUGGAGCUCCCUUACUGGGCUUGGAGAUGCUCCCCGUCUGGGCUAUUGCCCUCAUUACCUUGGCUGGUGCUCUGGUAUGUGCCGGUCUGGUCUGGAUUUUUGUUUGCCCCUGGAUGAGAAGGAAAAUAGCAAGUCGACUGAAGAAAGAGCAUGCUCUUUCCCGCAUUUCUGACGAAAGUUUGGAUAAAAUCCCAGAGGAAGAAGAGGAAGCCCCCGUGUUUAAAGAGCUUCCAGGUGCAAAAAGCAGCAAUGAUGCUGUCCUGCCCCUGACAGAGGAGUCCACAGGAGAGCUGAACAGCCUGGCUAAUGGAGGCACCGUCCUGCCCAACGGCAGGGUUUAUGGUCGCACUAACUCCAUGACCAACGGCUGCCUCAAGUCACCUGUGUCCAACGGGGGCUUCAGCUUUGACGGACACAUGCGAAGCGACGGCCAGGUCUAUCACACCGUUCACAAGGAUUCUGGUCUCUACAAGGACCUCCUACACAAGAUCCACCUGGGCCGCCUGGAAGACGAGCGCAGCGGCUCGCGUCCCGACAACAGCUACCGUCACCUCCGCCGUAAUAACAGCUAUACCUGUUACACAGCAGCCAUCUGCGGCAUGCCGGUGCAGCCCCUGAUGCGGUCGGAGUCCAGCGCCCCUCCUCCAGAGGACAGCGAGAAGCUAGUGGGUGACACGGUCUUCUAUUCGAAGAAGCGAUUGCGCUAUGACAGCUAUUCCAGCUACUGUAACGCGGUCGCGGAGGCUGAGAUCGAAGCGGAGGAAGGUGACGUGGAUGUGAAGUUGGCAGCCGAUAAAAGGGAGCCCCGGGCCCCUGCUGAAGCGGUGCUGGAGGACUGUGUCGACGAGGACAAGGAGGAGAAGGACAAGUCACAAGUCUUCCUGCUCUUCCACUUCCUGCAAAUCCUCACCGCCUGUUUCGGAUCGUUUGCGCACGGUGGGAAUGAUGUCAGUAAUGCAAUUGGUCCACUGGUGGCCCUGUGGAUGAUUUACGACCAGGGUGGGGUGAUGCAGGAUGCGGCCACACCGGUCUGGCUUCUGUUCUAUGGCGGCAUGGGAAUCUGUGCAGGACUGUGGGUCUGGGGUCGACGGGUCAUUCAAACAAUGGGCAAAGACCUCACUCCCAUCACCCCCUCCAGUGGAUUCACUAUUGAGCUGGCCUCAGCGGUCACUGUUGUUUUGGCAUCCAAUAUCGGACUUCCAAUCAGUACGACACACUGCAAGGUGGGCUCAGUGGUGGCGGUGGGCUGGAUCCGCUCCAGGAAGGCUGUAGACUGGCGGCUCUUCCGGAACAUCUUCCUGGCCUGGUUUGUGACCGUCCCUGUAGCGGGCCUCUUCAGCGCUGCUGUCAUGGCCCUGUUCGUCUACGGCAUACUGCCUUACGUUUGAGUUGGAAAAUGGGGAAGAGAGGGAGGUAUAGGAAGGUAAUGAUGAAAAAAUAAAACCGAGACACAGACAGAAAAAAAAAAAUCAAGAUAUAAGGGGACAGCCAGAGGGUGGGGGAGAGUCUUCAAAUGCUGCCUGGAAAAGCAUCCAGAAUCCUUUGACUUAAAUAUCCUUAAUCUUGUCAAGAGUAUUUAUUUCCGUUUCAUUUUUGAAAAUUGUUUUGUUGAAAUGUUACCAUAAGCCGUAAAUCUUUGACUCGUGAUUUCAAACGGUACAUUUUCAAAGUUCCAGAAAAUAGCUCUCUUACAUUUGUGGUUCUACAUGUUCAAGGGAGUAAACGGAUGGAGGACAAUGGCCAAUAUCGCAAAAAAAAAAAAAUAAAAAAUCAGUACAUGAAGAAUGGGACUAGAAAAUCGGUUUUAUGGCACAAUUCACAGUAUAUUGGCACAAAAUAUAGCUACUAACUACUCUUGGGCCUCUAAAUGUAAUGUUUUCAAAUGUAUCAUGUGUGGUGAAAUCGCACCUUUAUUCCCAUUCGCUAAGAAAAUGACACUGAGAAGCAUCCUGCUGUUCAAAACCUACAUUAGCUGCAUUGCUAAAAUCAUACCUCAGUCAACCCUCUAUGCCACAUAAAAGACAAGUGACGAAACUGUGCUAUCUCAUUAUACAUGAAAUAUUAUAAGAUAAAAUCAUUUUUUUUGUAGUGGUUAAUGUGCAAGAAUUCCCUGUUCUUUUAUUGUUGUAUUUAUUUUUAGAUAUGUUACCGUUCAUACCUUUUUUUAAAAAAACACAAGGUGUGAAGACUAAAUCAUAUUUUGAACUAUGUAUGCUACUAUAAUUUCUACUGUGUAUAUAUUCAGCUAUGGAUUUUAGAUUUUUAGUUUUGUCUUAUUUGGAGGUCUUAUAUUGUUACAUUUUAAGGAGACUUUAGACCAGGUUUGGUAGUUGCAUGAAUGUAUGCUUUCCAAGCAUAUGAAAAAAAAAAUAUUAUUUUGCUACGACAAGACGCUACAUCCAUAACCCCGUCAGAGUAUAUCAAAAAUAAUUCUCCCAUCGCCUACCCUAAAUGAUCCUCAUAUCAGUGAAAACUAAAACAUUCACCAAGGAGUCAUAUCUGAGGUAUUACAUUUUAAACUUGCAUAUCAAUAGGUGAUUUUUACCCAUUUGAUUUAUUUUUUUAAUUUUUGAAAGAUUAAUAUCCAAAGAUUGUGAUGAUCAUGUUUAAUUGCCGUACUCUUUGACAGUGUUUGUAUUUACAAUCCAAACAAUUUCUAAACUAAAGUAAUCAGUUUGACUCUGUAUUGUGGAUCGUAUAUAAAGAAUGCUAGUUGUUCGGUCUAGCAAUAAUAUAUAUAUAUAUAUAUAUGUUCUUAGAGCCCAACGGAUGAUGCCAAUAUAAAUACCUGUAUGUGCCGGAAAAGCCAAAAUCACUUAAGGUGAACCCAUAAAACCAGCACAAACACACACAGAUUUACCCACGUGACACACAAGAUGUAUUGAGAGGCAGUGUUAGACGCCAGGCCUGGCUAUCGGUCAGUCUCAGUCAUCCAGAUACUUGAUUCCGCCUCACUGACAAGCCUUCGGUACUGAUAUCACAUCGAGCUUUAUCUGAAGAGUUAGCUUAACAUCAGGUCGCUAUGUGAUUCAACGGCACAGAUGCGCCAUAUAUCAAAAAGGUCGAGACGUAACAACCCAUUUGUGGCCCUGACUCUACAAGAAACCAAAAAGCCUCAUGAUUUCAGUCCAAACUGGCCAGGCUCACAUCAAAUGACUGUGUGAUAUCAGGUGAACUGGGCUUAGAUGUUUGUCAGACGCCGUUGUAAUCUGCCUCUGGAUAGUCGCCAGAUUUGGAAACCGUACAAACGCGUGGCUUCGAACCAAUGCAAAGUGUUGCUGUUUCUUUCUCUUUCUUUUUUUUUGUGUAUUACUUUUAUUUUUAUUUUUCAUCAAGAACAAAUCUAUGCUUAUAUGGCCAUUUGCCUUGUAAUGUUGUGCUUUACUGUUUGUUGGAUACAGUAACUUCAGUACUGUGGUGUUUACAUUGUAAUCAUAUUGUAGAAUAACUCAUUGCAGUUGCCUAAAAAUGCCAAUCAACUAACUAUUAAUCAACAAUUAAAUAUGAAAUAACCAGGCAUAGUGCAAAGGUGUUUCAUGUCAUUUUGUGUUUUGGCAGUGUGAACCACGAUGAUCUUGUUACAUCACACUGCUAUAUGUAGUACACAACUUUACAUGGUGGAUAUGAUUAAAAUAAUAAUAAUAAUAAUAAAAGAAAUUAAUAGAUAUAAAUUUCAUUAAACUAUAUUUUUCUACAUAAGUUCUACCUGGGUGGUGACUUCUCACAUGGAGAGUAAACUGGGCUCCUGAGCAACAAUUAUAUUGAAAUACCGGUAACUAUAAUAAGAAAAUUCAGUGCUGAAUACCACUGAACGAUUUCUUAAAGGUGGUUAUAUGGCAAAAGUGUCUAAAAAGUUCAGGCAGGAGGAUCAUAAUGUGGAUCGGUUCCAUAUAUCCAUUGUUUUUUUUUUUCCCUGCCCAGGGACGUCUCUCCCUUGUGUGAGAGUGAGCGGUUGUGAGUUGUUAAAAUUUCAUGAUUAUUUUUUGAAAAGUAAGGCUGAAUAACUUUGUAAUUUUGUUUCCCUGAAUUGCAAUAUUGAGCUGCCAGAGCGAGGUUGAUUUGAACCUCCACCAGCAGUGGCGAUAACACCGUUUUGAGUCAGACAGGGGCACAGCAAGAUUCAGUAAAACUUUCUACUAACCCGCAUCCGAUCAUUUGCAUAUUCGCUAUGACUUGGUUUGGUUUUUAACGACACGCCAGCAAAAUCCUCCACAUGCGCAAUAAAAAAAAACAUUCUUCACACAAGUUCUCGCGCUAACCUGAGCACUCGGAGAACGAUUAAUAUAUAUAUAUUUUUAAAAUGGAACUGACUUUAGUUGUGUGACGCAACAACGCAUUUAUUUUAAUGUACGGUAUUGUGACGUUGUAGCACCCCUCGUGGAAAUACUGAGAGUUGCGAUUCAUUUCCGAGUCACGUCCGCGUUCAGGAAUUUGCGUAAACAAACGAGGCUGCAGUAGUUUGGCCGCAGAGUUAGUCUUGAGUUACAAGUUCAGAGGUUGGCAUGCGAACCGGCGCUACACCAAAUCACGUCACGUUACGAUUGGACGAAUCUAAAGAGAUCACUACGUAAAACUGGCAGAAACAAAAUCGGCCGUAUCCUCUACCAGUGUGUUGAUAAAAGGUUUCGUAACCGUUCUUGGCAGCGUAGUGGCAUUCUCCCGUAGUGUGCUAAUAUCAUUUAUUAAGUUUCCAUGUUCUUAUCUGCACUUGAAAAUAGAAUGUAGCCCAAUCCUCUGCUGGCCUGCUGAUUGCCUGCUGUGUGUCGUCUCUAUUGCCAUGAUGUGAAUGCUAUGCUGUUAACUGUCUGGUAACAUCUUAAGACAGGGCUUUUAACAAACCCCCCCCAUAUCUGCAUAUGUGCUGUAUUGCUGUUUCCUUUCUUUUUGGAACUUUUUUUGUGAAAGUUGUCUGCAUUUUAACCAAUUAAAUUAUGGGAAUUAAAAUUACAAAGAAUAACAA